GGAGAGAGAAAGAGAAAGAAAAAGAUCGAAAAUGUCUGAGCCAGAAGUUUCAGGGAGGCGAAGAGGUAAAGGACCAGAGGCCUCGGCGCGAGCCGAAGCCAUGGAACGAUUAAAAUCUCUUCGUCAAGGUGGAAAGAGAUCUGAAAAUGGAGUUCAAGUAAAAAUGGAUGAUCCAAUCUACGAUUUACUAGAUGAAGAUGAAUACGAAUCACUCAAGAAGACACGAGCUGAAAAAUUCAAAGGAUUCAUAGUAGAUGAGGAUGGUCAUGGUUAUGGUGAUGAAGGUCAAGAAGAAGAUUGGACUAAAUCUGGUGUUUCAUUUUCAUCAGAAGAAGAAGAAUCUGAAGGAGAAAAUGAAAAGGUCAAGAAGAAGAAGAAAGAACAUGUGCCUGUUAAAAAACCUAAUCCAUUAUUGGCUGCUGCUGCUUUAAUGGGUAAGCAACGUUUAUCUUCAAUGUUUACUUCAUCAGUGUUUAAUAAAAAAGAUAAACCUAAAGGUUUAUCUUCAGAUAGUUUAGUUGAUGAUGUUAUUGCUGAGUUUGCCCCUGAUGAAACUGAUAGAGAGAAACGCCGGAGGGGGCAACCCCGAUCCAUUCUAGGUUCUGAGAGUUUGACUCAGAAUUCCCUAAUUAAGAGUAGGAGUGAGGAAUUAGUAAGGGUUGAUUCUAUUGUUAGGUAUGAGUCUAUCAACGUUAAUGGAAAUGGAAGUUUGGUAAGGGGUAACGAAGAAAUUGGGAAUCAAAGUGAUGUUGAAAAGGAAUCCAAAGAUGUGGAGAUGGUAUCUGCUGAUGAGGUGUUUGAUGAAUUUCCUCAGAGUCAGGACGAUCCGAUGGAUGAUAAAAGUGUGAAUGUGGAGAGUUCUGCGAUCAUAAGUGAAGUGAAAGUGGAGCCAGUAGUAAAGAAGGAUGAGGUGUUCACUUUGAAUGCAAAAAUUAAGAAAGAAACACAUUCUCCUUGGAGUGCUACUGCCGAUUUAAACGCUGUAAGAAAUGAAGUUAAUGGGAAUGACACCCAUGGCGUUGUGGGAUGUGAUUCAGAUAAAAAGUCUGAAGAGCCUGAGCUUUUGGAGGAUUCGGAUGGGUCAUUGCCGUUCUACUGUAUCGAUGCUCAUGAGGAGUUCUAUGGUGAUGGUACCAUUUAUCUCUUUGGAAAGGUGAAACUGAAAGCAGGAAAUACAUAUCAAAGUUGUUGUGCGGUUGUAAAGAAUAUGCAGAGAUGUUUAUAUGCCAUUCCAAAUGGUGCUGUAUUUCAAAGUGAUGCAAUCUUGAAGCUCGAGGAGGAUGAAAAAGAAAAUCGAAUUACUCUUGCAGAAUUUCGCUCACAGUUGCAUGAGAUGGCAUCAGUAUUAAAGAAGGAAUUAGCAGAGAAGCUGUUAGAUCUUAAUGUAUCGACUUUUAGUAUGACUCCAGUUAAGAGAAGCUAUGCAUUUGAGCGAUCAGACAUACCUCUUGGGGAGCAUUAUGUUCUUAAGAUAACUUACCCAUUCAAGGAUCCACCACUUCCUUCAGAUCUUAAGGGAGAGCAUUUUUCUGCUUUGAUGGGAACUCAUUGCAGUGCCCUGGAGCAUUUUCUAAUCAAAAGGAAAAUAAGCGGACCCUCUUGGUUAUCAUUUCCAAAGAGUUCCUUCCUUGUAGCUACUCAGAAGGUAAGCUGGUGUAAAUCCGAGGUUAUUGUUGAUAAUCCGAAGGACGUGAGGAUUUCAUCUUCCGCGAAAUUCACCAGGGAGAUUCCUCCAGUAGUUGUUACGUCAAUAAAUUUGAAAACGAUCAUCAAUGCAAAGCAAAAUAUGAAUGAAAUUGUUUCAGCAUCUCUUAUCAGUUGUUGCAAGGCCAAGAUCGAUACUCCCAUGUUGGCAUCAGAAUGGACGAAACCCGAGGUACUUAGUCAUUUUACUGUUGUUCGCAAGCUUGAAGGAGGCAUAUUUCCAAUGGGAUUUGCAAAAGAAGUUGCAGAUAGAAAUGCUAAGGCGGGCAGGAUUAGUCUUGCGGCAGAAACCAACGAAAGAGCUUUGUUGAAUCGUCUGAUGCUUGCAUUAUUCAACUUGGACACUGACAUCUUCGUUGGACACAAUAUUUCUGGAUUUGACUUGGACUUGCUUCUUCACAGAGCUCAGGCUUUGGGGGUUUCAAGCAGCAUAUGGUCCAGAAUUGGUCGUCUCAAGCGUUCUGUGAUGCCUAAGCUUACUAAGGCAAGCACUGUUUAUGGCUCUGGGGCAAGUCCUGGAAUCAUGUCUUGUAUCGCAGGACGGCUCUUAUGUGAUACUUAUCUGUGCUCUCGUGAUUUAUUGAAGGAGGUGAGUUACUCUUUGACAGAGCUUACAAGGACACAGCUAAAGAAGGAAAGGAAGGAAAUUGCCUCACAUGAAAUCCCUAGUGCAUUCCAAUCAUCAAGAUCACUUAUGGAACUUGUAGGGUAUGGUCAGACUGAUGCCUGGUUAUCCAUGGAAUUAAUGUUCCAUUUAAGUAUUCUCCCUCUUUAUCGCCAGCUGACUAACAUUAGUGGCAAUCUAUGGGGAAAGACUCUUCAGGGUGCUAGGGCACAGAGAGUGGAAUAUCUUUUGCUGCAUAAAUUCCAUGCUUGUAAGUAUAUAGUUCCUGAUAAGAUUUCUGCUCGCGAGAAGGAUAACUUGGCAAAAAGGAGUUUGAUACAUAGUGCUGGAGGGGAUUUUGAUGAUGUGAACAACAAUGAUAUCACUUCUGAGAAUGACCCACAACAGCUUAAUCAAAGCAAAAGGAAAAAAGGUCCUGCCUAUUCCGGUGGUUUAGUUUUGGAGCCUAAAAAAGGCCUAUACGACAAGUAUAUAUUACUUCUUGACUUCAACAGUCUGUACCCUUCGAUAAUUCGGGAAUACAAUAUUUGCUUCACCACGGUGGAAAGAUCUGCAGAUGGAUCAGUACCUCAUUUGCCAUCUUCUAAAACUCCUGGAAUUCUGCCAGAGUUGCUGAAGGGCUUGGUGGAAAGGAGGAAAAAAGUUAAGCAGGACUUGAUUAAGACCACGUCAGCGCUGCAGCGUCAGCAGCUUGACAUUCAACAACAAGCACUGAAGCUCACGGCUAACAGUAUCUAUGGAUGCUUGGGGUUUUCCAAUUCCAGGUUCUAUGCGAAACCACUUGCAGAGCUUGUAACACUGCAAGGCAGAGAGAUUCUGCAAAGUACUGUCAAUCUUGUCCAGAAUGAUUUGAAGUUGGAGGUAAUAUAUGGUGAUACAGAUUCAAUCAUGAUUUAUACUGGGCUAGAUGAUAUUAAACAAUCCAAAGAAAUUGCAUCAGAAGUAAUUAAGAAGGUCAACAAGAAGUAUGAGCUAUUGGAGAUUGACCUAGAUGGGUUGUACAAGAGAAUGCUCCUUCUCAAGAAAAAGAAAUAUGCGGCUAUCAAAGUGAUUUUUAAUAAUGGGAAACCAGAAGAGAGGGAGGAAUGUAAAGGUCUCGACCUGGUUCGUCGUGACUGGAGUCUGCUAUCCAAGGAUAUUGGGAAAGACUGUCUUAGCCAUAUAUUAUCUGGAAGAUCAUGUGAAGAUGUUGUUGAGUCAAUACAUAGCUCGCUCAUGAAGGUACAAGAGGAAAUGAGGAACAAGAGAGUCGAACUUGAGAAAUAUAUCAUCACAAAGACGUUAACAAAACCACCUGAAGCUUACCCAGAUGCCAAAAAUCAGCCGCAUGUACAGGUAGCUCUAAGAUUGAAGAAAGCUGGCUAUUCGUCUGGGUGCUCUGCUGGUGAUACGGUUCCUUAUAUUAUUUGCUGCGAGCAGGGUACCACCAGUUCUGGUUCUUCUGCUGGAAUUGCCAACCGAGCUAGGCAUCCAGAUGAGGUGAAAGGAGACAACAACACGUGGAUAGUUGAUCUCGAAUAUUACUUGGCGCAGCAGAUUCAUCCAGUGGUAUCGCGCUUAUGCGCUUGUAUCCAAGGCACCAGUCCAGCACGUUUGGCAGAUUGUCUGGGUCUUGACUCAUCCAAGUUCCAAUCUAAAACAAGUGAAGUAGCAAUUAACGAUUCAUCUCCCGUACUCUCAUCUGCAAUGGACGAUGAUGAGAGAUAUCGCGGCUGCGAGCCUUUGCACUUGUCAUGUCCCAGUUGCUCUCAUACUUUUGAGUGUCCCUCCAUCUCCAGUUUGGCGCUGACUUUAUCCACCAGCGACAAUCCAGCAGGAUCAGAUGAAGUGAAAGCAUCUUCUCAUUUUUGGCGCAGAUUGCGUUGCUUGAAAUGCCCAGACGAGGGUGAAGAUAAAGGUAGAAUGACUCGUGCCAUGAUUGCAAAUCAGGUAAAAAUCCAAGCAAAUGGGUUCAUUUCUUUGUAUUACAAGGGUGUCAUGAUGUGUGACGAAGAAACAUGCAAAUAUACCACUCGAGGUCUUAAUCUGCGAGUGGUUGGUGACUCUGAGAGAGGAACAGUUUGUCCAAACUACCCUCACUGUAAUGGGCAUCUCGUCAGAAAGUACACUGAAGCCGACCUAUACAGGCAGCUCACAUAUUUCUGCCACAUUUUGGAUGCUGUACGAUUCGUUGAAAAGUUGGAGCUCAAGGCCAGGAUACCUUUAGAAAGAGAACUUGCAAGAAUCCUACCAAUGGUUGAUUUGGCAACACCAAUAGUACAGAAACUCCGUGACCAGUGCGCUUACGGGUGGGUCCAGAUGAAGGACCUCUUUGUCAGUCUUUGAAUGGCUGAAUUAUUCUUCUCGAUGGCUUUGUAAAUAAUGUCAGAUAACUCAUAUAGAUGUCGGUUUUCUGGCAAAAAGAAUUUUAAGAGUGUACAAAAAAUUGAGGAUGUCACCUGUUUUCUUAUCUCAUAUUUUUUUUCUUUUAACUUCCUUGUAAACUCGCUCUGAUAUCAAGUGGAUGUCAACUGAACUGGAUUUUGUUCUAGUAACUGUCAAAAUUGAGUCUUUGGCGGAAGUUCUCGCCUGUUUGUUAGUCAAUCCCUAUCGGAGCCAAACAAAUGAAUUUGAAACAAGAAUGAUAUAUGCCAUUCCACA